CAGGGAGGAAACAGCACCCAGCCAGCAAAGAGGAAAGCUUUGCAUUUUGCAUUGCUUAAAGUUGGCUCUCUAGGGAAGGUUGCAGCUUUGCAGAGCUUGCAAUUGGCAAGAGGCUUAAAGGAACUCUGAAACAUGGCCAGGUCCCACUUUCUUUCAUGAAAGAUGCGGCGAUUCUUGCUUGGAAUAUGACAUCUCUUCUGUUAGACUGGUAGGAGACAGUGCUGCCGACUGCAGAUGAUUUUCCUGCCAAAGGGCUGAAGGCCAAGACUUUGGGUUCCAGAUGCCGUCUCCUUUUCCUGGAAAGCCAUUUUGAGAAGUCAGUAGGAGUGGGUGGGCCAAGACUAUACCCCUUCAGGGAGCAACCUGCUUACCCCUUUCCUCUCCGCUCAACUCUGGCCCACUCUUCUUUGGCCAUCCGGAAGGGCCAUCCUUCACCCCCUGGUGGGUUUGGAUACAUCUUCCUCCCUGGUCACUCAGGUGGGAUCCAAGAUGGCGCUGGGGCGAGGGGAAACGGCUUCCCUUCACCUUCAGUUCCCAGGCACUUCAGAGCGAAGGUUGCAGACACCUCUUAAGGUGGAGGAGCAGGAACCCUCUGGGCAUGAACUUGGGGGAGGAAGGGUGCCACGUUUCCUCCCGGUUGGGUCCAUGCGGGAGUUUUUGGCCAGGGAAGCUCCCCAGCAGGUGAAGCAGGAACCCGACGAGGGGCUUCAACAGCAACAUCAGCAACGACAACAACCACAACCAGCACAACAGCAGCAACAGCAGCACUGGGAAUCCCAAAGGCAGGAGUUUCCCAAGACUGUGCAGUACCCCCAAUCUGGAUGGAGAAAUCCCCCGAUGCACAAAGCCCUGCCGUGGGAGACCAAUUCCUUUCCGGCUUCUUUUGAGGCUCCUCCAAACACUACUCAGUGGCCUUCUGGAGGAGGCUGGGUAACUCCAAGCCUUACGGAUUUCAGCCAAGACCCUCCGCCUGUCUAUAGCGAGCACAGAGAGCGAAGGAGUUAUGGGAACAUGAAAGAUGAGGUUCCCAAUGAAGAGGCCAUCAGCUUGGAGAUCCGGCGGCAGCGCUUCCGGCACCACCGCUACCAAGAGGCUGAGGGGCCCCGAGAGAUCUGCCGGCAGCUCCAAGAGCUCUGCCAUUUGUGGCUGAGGCCGGAGCGACGCACCAAAGAGCAGAUCCUGGAGGUCCUGAUCCUGGAGCAGUUCCUGACCGUCCUGCCUCAGGAGAUCCAGAACUGGGUCAGGGGCCGUGGGCCAGAGAGCUGUGCCCAAGCGGUGGCCUUGUCGGAGGAUUUCCUUAUGCGGCAGCGGGAGGCCCAGAGGAAGGAGCAGCAGGCGCUGUGGACAUUUGAGGAUGUGGUGAGGAACACACCCCUGCCACAACCGUUGCCGUAUCCGGGUGUGGCGCAGCAGGUCCAUUACCCCACCAUGGCAUUGCCGAUGCAGUACCCACCCAUGACCCAACAGACCCAGUAUCCCACCAUUGGACACCAGGUGCUUAACCCCAUCAUGUCAGAGAGAAUGUCGUUGCUUGCUGGGAGAACACUGAUCUGCCAGGAACCCAUGCCGGAAGGGGGAAGGAACCUUAGGCCGUAUGGACCUAUCCAGGAAUUCCGGAGACCCCUCACGAACGCCGAGCGGAUGCGGAACCGAAGGAUGCGGAAUCGAAAGCAGCGCCUGGAGACCAGCAUGCAGCUCGUUGAGUCGGCUUCGAGGGCUCCCUCGAUGCUUUUGGACGCCAUGCGAGGGUUGCACCGCCAGGACCUGAAGGCCUUUGACCGGGCCAGGCAGGAGGAAAGGCAACACCGCAAACAGGAAAGGCGCCAAGACCGAGCCAUGUCCCAGCUGAUGGUUAACGCCAUUGAACGCUCCCACAAUGACCUAGGAGAGUUCUUGGGGAGACAGACCACCACCAUGGCAGCCAUAGCAGCCGUAUUUACUGGUCAGAGGGCUCCUUCACAAGGACCAAACCUUAGCCACAGUUCUCAUCAGGGUCACAAUAACCCACACUGGGGCCUGCCAGUAUCCAGAGCCUCGCUACCACCCAAUCAUGUGCCUGGUAUGCCUUCAGAGCCCAUGGCUGGGCCUGUAAUACCAUGUCCGGUACCACCUCUGGCCACCCCUGGUGACAUCUGUGAUCCCAUCCCCGAACCAUCAUCCCCAACAAAUGGCCCUCGGGAGGACACAACUCCAGAUUCCCCCACACCGUCUACCUCAGAUGCCACCUCACGGACCCUUGACACAAAACUGGUGCACCGAGGGACAAAAAGGAAGAAGUGGGAAUGAUAAGAGUUGACCGCUCUUUUUUUGAAGUUUUUAAUCAUCAAAUGUUGACAUAAAUUGCUCUUCAAAGUGAGACCUUUCUCACUCAAGAUGAGAUGGAAUCUCAUCCUCAUCCUCAUUUUAAAACAAAACACUUGAACUUGUUUUGAAUUACAACUCCCAGAAUCUUUCAGCCAGCAGGCCGCUAGCAAAUUCUGGGAGUUGUGGUCUAAAAAGGUCCCUUUUAGAAUAUCUUUGGUUUUAGCAGGAUAGCCUUGAUAUCUAUGCAAAAUGAUGUAGAUAAAAUCUCAUACUGCUAACCAAGGAGAACUAUAGGGGUCAGAGCCUGCAGCGUUCACAGUGGGUAAAAAAUGUGGGCACUGGAUUUGGCAGUCCAGGGUGGAUCUAUUGUGCAGCUCUGGGCAAGUCAAACUUGCCCAUCUGUAAAAUGGGAAUAACUAACCUACUUUGCAAGGUGAUUGUGGGACAGCUGUGCAAACCCAAAGAAACAUAACUGUGUAGGCCAUUUUGUUCUGCUUCUCAAGCCAUUGGAGUGGGGGAAAGUGGGCAGGAAACUCAAAGAAUCUGGGCAGCAGGGGACUCUGGGAGGGACUAUUAAAAAACUCAACAUUUCUAUGCCCUGCAAAAGCAGCGCUACAUCUCAAGCCCCACUCUGGCCUGACAACUAUUUUUCACUUACAUUUUAUUUAUUAUAUUUAUUAUAAAAGUCUAUAUUGUGCUUGUCCAUGCUAACAUACUCAAGUUGGCAAGCAGCAAUGAAUUGAAUACUCCCUAGACUGCAAUAAUAGAUACAGUAAAAUGCUAGCCUAAUAAGAAGUCAAGGGAAGAUAAAACUAGCAGCUGCUGCCAGACUUGAAAGCAAAGCUGUAGAGUGUACUAUUCUACUUUUUAAAAGCAGUUUGUCCUUGAAGCUUCUGGAAGUUGGAAGACUGCUGUUAAUGUGAUUGCUGUUGUGCUCAUUUUGCAGAUGGGGAACUGAGGCUGAGUAUCAGUAGAAUAUGAUAUUAAAAAGAAAGAAGAGAAAGCAACAUGUAUGAUGGUUUUGCUUUGAAGUCUUCACAUUCUUCUUCACUAGGGUUCGAUUCCUGCUCGGCCAUAAAACCCGCUGGGUGACCUUGGGUAAAUCACAUUCUCUCAUCCUCAGGGGAAGGCAAUGGCAAACCUUUUCUGAAUAAAUCUGAUAGGUUCGCCUUAGAAGUUGGAAACGACUCAAAGGCAAACAGCAACAACAAAAAAAUGGAUAGCAUCCUGAAACAGGUAAAUUUUCACACCUGUGUGCAUUUGUCCUUUCUGGUGCGAAGAGCUGCUCGCCCAUUUUUGGUGCCACCUUACCAAGCGAACAGGGUACCACUCUAGUUCCUUCUUUUGUCUAGGCCUAUACAUUGGAAACUUGGUGGCAACGAUUAAAACAAGGAAUUCUGUGGUGCCAUUAGGGCUUAAUAACAUUAUUUCAGCAUGAACUUUUGUGGAAUACAACCGAUUUCCUCAGCUGCAUGAAGAACAAUCGAUGAAACCUCAUGCUAAAAUAAAUCUUGAUCUUCUAGGUGCCACGAAUUGUCCUUUUUAGUGUUACGCUGGAAUCGAUUACGUCACGAUACUCGAUCUUUGCAGUAAAGUUGAGAAACAACACAACUUUGGAAAUUGGGUUGCUGUGCCUGUUCUUUUACUGGACACUGGACAUGCCGGCUCUAGUUGAAGUAGAAGGGAAAGUGAUUGUGCCCUGUGGCACCCUUGUGGCAUCUCACUCUAAGAUGGCCUCCACAACCAUCUACAGGUUGAGACUUACUUGGCCAGGUUGGGAUUAAAAGUGAGGACAAAACAAGUGGGAAAAACCACAUUUCACACUGCAUCCUCAGAUACCACAUCUGAAACCAUGGUCUGAAAUGUGGUUUGAGCAUUGGACUACUACUCUGGAGACCAGGGUUCGAUUCUCAGCUCGGCCAUGGAAACCCACUGGGCAACCCCCCUCUGAACAAACUCCAAGAAAGCUUCAGCAUAUAGGGUCACCAUACGGUAUAUCAGAAAUGACUUGAAGAUACACGACUAAUUUACAGCAUACCAUAUGCUCUCAGCCACAGAAAAAACCAUGUGAUAAGGUUGCCAUAAGUUGGAAACGUUCUGAAGGUACACAGCAGCAACCAGGUUGAGUGGACCUCUCUUAGCAGUGAUUCAUUGUGUAUUCCUGGAUGACAAAGGGUUGAAAUAGAUGGUCUUUGAGGUCCCUUAUGACCCUAUGUUCUCUUAUCAUUGAUCACGCUGGUUGAGAGAAGUUGAAAUGGUAUGGGGAAACAAAGGGUUGGAUAGCACUGAGGUCAAUACCUGUUUUUUUGUGUCUGUUUUUUAUUCAGCCUGCUUCAGUUGUUGCUUGUGUGCCUGUCUUGGUGUGUCAAAACAGGUGCAAAAUCUAUUGAAUAAACCAAACAGCAACAUCCAAGGUACAGUCAUUCUGAUUCCAGUGAC